AUGAGCGCCGAGAACUACGUGGAAGGGGACCUCGGCCCUGUCUUCAACCAGGCGGAACCGCUUACCUUGCCGGUGGUUGUACAGCUGCUGCGCGGGCGUCGCGACACCGGCGACGAUGCCGGUUUGGAAUCUCCCGCCAUGGCCCUCAUUGAGCGGACACGUGAGCAGGCUGAGCUGAUGCAGGAGACCUGCGCAGACGAGAAUAGUGUGCAACACGUCAUGAAGAUGAAAUUGCGUCUACAUGACGAAAGCGAGACAGGCUUUGCGAAUUCACAUUUGGCGAAUUUCAUCCUUGACAGUGAGGGAAAUGUGACGGGAAUGCGGGACCCGGCGGAGGACGGGGAUGACCAUAGCGCACUAAAGACUGCACGCAUGAGGCCCUUUGAGGUGGUUGCGUUGGGGACGCUCUGCCCAAAGACUGUGGAGGAGGCGCUGGUGCUUGUGCCCUCGCUCGCUCGCUACGAGCCCAGCGACCUGAACCUCGCGCUGAACACGCUGGUGUCUCUUUGA